AUGAUAGAUUUACAUGGCAAUAAGAUCGAAGGGAGGCUUCCUAGGGGCCUUUCUAACUGUACAGACUUGGAGGGGGCUUCCCAAGCUUUCUGUACUCGUCCUGAGAUCAAACCAAAUGUAUGGCACCAUAGGUGAUAUUGUUGGGGACACAAAACGUGAGGAAUGUUCCCUAGCUUGCAAAUUAUCGAUCUUGCCUCAAACAAUUUCUCUGGUACUUUGAGGCCACAAUGGUUCAAGCAGUUAAAGUCAAUGAUGGCAGAGUUUAAUAGUUCUGGGAAAACUCUCGAAAUUCUAAACACUAUAAAUGUCAAUGACAGAGAACAUUCAUAUCAAUAUUCUGUUGAGAUCAUGUACAAGGGGGCAGAUAUGCCAUUUGGAAGGAUGCUGACUACCGUAACAGCAAUUGACUUCUCAAAAAAUAGUUUGGAGGGUACUAUUCCUGAAACAUUUGGAAGCCUUGUAUCACUACGCGUACUGAGUCUGUCACACAAUGCCUUCACUGGAAAAAUUCCAGCCCAACUUGGAAGCAUGACUGAUUUGGAGUCACUAGACCUGUCCUGCAACCAACUCUCAGGGGACAUUCCACAAGAGCUAACUGAUCUCACCUUUCUUGGCUCCCUAAACUUGUCAUACAAUCACUUGGUGGGGAAGAUACCGCAGUCACGUCAGUUCUCUACAUUUGACAGCAGCUCAUUUGAAGGGAAUGCUGGAUUGUGUGGGCUGCAAUUGCCAAAAUUUCCUUGUGGUAGUUCACCUCACUCUCCAGGUGUGGCACAUGGGGACAAGUCUUCUCGUCAUAUUGAUGUGGUUUUGUUUCUCUUCGUUGGGCUUGGCUUCGGCGUUGGCUUUGCAGCUGCUAUUGUGGUCAAAUGGGACCGGUUUGGCAGACGUUUCUAUUGCAACUGCAAGAGUCUCGCGUACUUGAUCACCACUAGAAGGUGAUAUUUUUUUUCUCUGCAAAUACAGCAUUAUACUUUCCUGGAAGCUAAGGGAGCUAUGAUGAGGCACUAAGGUUUAUUGCACUGUACCUAGCUUCCAGUUGUAUUUCUAAGCCUAUUUCCAUAGUCAUUACUUCGGUAUUGUACUUAUAUGUUAAUCUUCCUUUCGGUACAUCAAGAGCGCAGUGCUAAAGUAUCUGGCCUUGCACGAAAUCUGAAACUUAAUUAUGAAAUGCGAGCUAACUUGUGUAGCUGGCUUUACACAAGUCUUUUUUUAUACUGA